UGGCGGUGCUGAGAGACGCCUGCGCGGGGUGCUUGCGUCGUGCUGUGGAGCCGCAGUUCGGCCGGGAGGGUGUGAGGGUGGUUAUGGCGGCCACGUUCUUCGGGGAGGUGGUGAGGGCGCCGUGCCGAGCUGGGACGGAGGACGAGGAGGAGGAGGAAGAGGAGGGGAGGAGGGAGACGCCCGAAGACGGGGAGGUCCGGCAGCAACUGGCGCGGAAGAGGGAGGUGCGGCUCCUUCGAAGACAAACAAAAACAACUUUGGAAGUUUCUCUGCUAGAAAAAUAUCCUUGCUCCAAGUUUAUAAUUGCUAUAGGACAUAAUGCAGUAGCAUUUUUGUCAUCAUUCAUCAUGAAUUCAGGAGUCUGGGAAGAAGUUGGUUGUGCUAAACUCUGGAAUGAAUGGUGUAGGACAGUGGACACUACACACCUGUCCCCCACAGAGGCUUUUUGUGUGUUUUAUCACCUAAAAUCGAAUCCCUCGGUUGUGCUCUGUCAGUGUAGUUGCUACGUUGCUGAAGAUCAGCAGUAUCAGUGGCUGGAAAAGGUUUUUGGCUCUUGUCCAAGGAAGAAUAUGCAAGUAACUAUUCUUACAUGUCGACAUGUUACUGACUAUAAAACUUCAGAGUCUACCAGCAGUCUUCAUACUCCUUUCCUGAAAGCCCUAAAAACACAGAAUUUCAGAGAGCCUCCUUGCUGUUCACUGCUAGAACAACCAAAUAUCGUACAUGACCUUCCCGCAGCAGUUCUGAGUUAUUGUCAAGUAUGGAAAAUCUCUGCAAUUCUGUACUUAUGUUAUACUGAUGUGAUGAAAUUAGACCUAAUCACAGUUGAAGCUUUUAAGCCUGUACUUUCUUCCAGAAGCUUGAAAAGUUUGGUUAAGAAUAUUCCCCAGAGCACAGAGAUACUGAAGAAGUUGAUGACAACAAAUGAGAUUCAGAGUAACAUUUACACAUGAUUCCAAAGAUCGUUUUGUAGAGUAUAUCACCCAUCCAUUGCUAUAAGGGGAACGGCGUGCACUGUUUUGUAGGUUACUUUUUUUUCAAGGGGGUAUUUUGAGGAUGUUAACAGAAUAAACUUAUUUUAAAUUCA